GUAAAAAUGUAGAAUGAACAAGGACAAUGUCACAAAAAUAAGAAAAAGGAGAGAGAAACCUUAUCUAAAGCUAGGUUCCAAAACGAUGGUGAUCUUUCCUUCCAUAAAUAUAGUCCAGAGAUUCUCUUAGCGGCCUCUAAAGCAUCUUUCAAACUGUUUUUUUCACCACUCAAUAAGGAACACCCCUAUCUACUUUGCAAAAGCCAACACUACGUUUUUUUGUUCAAAUUAUUAUUUCCAUUUUUUUUUUUAUUAUAUUAAUUAAUUAAAUUACACCUCCAAUCUUACGUUUUUUGUCACACUCCCUCUUUCUCUCUCUAUCUUCCUCUUUCUCCCUCUAGGUAGUUGACGCUCUCAUCCUUUUUCAACAACUGAUUCAGAACUCAGGGGGAAGUGACGAAACAUGGCACAGAUACUUGCACCUAGCAUGCAAUGUCAGAUGAAAUUGUCAAAAGGCUUGACAAGUUCAAUGACACCAAGCCCUUGGACUUCGAUUUUGCUGAAACAAGGCCAAAAGGGAUCAAUUAAGUGCUCAACUAAAUUUAGAGUAUGCGCUUCUCUUCAGUCUGACCAUGGCACAGUGAACAGGGUGGAGCAGCUACUGAAUUUGGAUGUCACUCCAUACACUGACAAGAUUAUUGCCGAAUACAUUUGGAUUGGAGGAACUGGGAUUGAUCUUCGUAGCAAAUCAAGGACACUCUCAAAACCUGUUGAACAUCCAUCUGAGCUUCCCAAGUGGAACUAUGAUGGUUCAAGCACAGGACAAGCACCAGGACAAGACAGUGAAGUAAUCUUAUACCCUCAAGCAAUUUUUAAGGAUCCAUUUCGUGGUGGUAACAAUAUCUUGGUAAUCUGUGACGCGUACACACCUGCGGGAGAACCAAUCCCAACUAAUAAACGACACAAAGCUGCCGAGAUUUUCAACAACCAAAAGGUUGCUUCUGAGGUUCCAUGGUUUGGAAUAGAGCAGGAAUACACACUGCUUCAACCAAAUGUUAGCUGGCCCUUGGGAUGGCCUGUUGGAGCCUAUCCUGGUCCCCAGGGUCCAUAUUACUGUGGUGUUGGUGCUGAUAAAUCUUUUGGACGGGACGUAUCUGAUGCUCAUUACAAAGCUUGCCUGUAUGCUGGAAUUAACAUAAGUGGAACCAAUGGGGAGGUUAUGCCCGGUCAGUGGGAAUUCCAAGUUGGUCCUAGUGUUGGGAUUGAAGCUGGAGACCAUGUCUGGUGUGCCAGAUAUCUUCUUGAGAGAAUUACUGAACAAAUUGGUGUAGUUAUGACGCUUGAUCCAAAGCCAAUUGAGGGUGACUGGAACGGUGCAGGUUGCCAUACCAAUUACAGUACAAAGACAAUGAGAGAAGAGGGCGGAUUUGAAGUGAUAAAGAAGGCGAUAUUGAAUCUAUCUCUACGCCAUAAAGAUCAUAUCAGUGCGUACGGAGAAGGGAAUGAAAGAAGGUUGACUGGAAAGCAUGAGACUGCAGACAUCAACACAUUCUCUUGGGGUGUUGCCAAUCGUGGUUGCUCAAUCCGUGUUGGUCGUGAUACAGAAAAGGAAGGCAAAGGUUAUCUGGAAGAUAGACGACCGGCUUCAAACAUGGACCCGUACGUGGUAACGGGUUUGCUUGCGGAGACAACCAUUCUUUGGGAACCUACACUUGAAGCUGAAGCACUUGCAGCUCAAAAACUCUCUCUCAAUGUGUAAAUUCAGUCAUAAACAAAACCCUUUUACUAGUUGAAGGGCCAUUUAUUGCAUUUUUCUUGACUCAAGGAACUUUGCUUUUUUUCCUAGAUUUUUAGUAUCCUGUGGACUGUGGACUGUGGACUGUGGAGCGUGAAUGCUUUUUCUCUUGAUCCCAGCUUUUUAAUUGUUUGUUUGGGAAUUGGGAGUUCAUGAAUAACAAUCAACGUGAUAUUUUGAGGAUUA